UACUGAACCGGCUGACGUCAUGUUAUCAAAAAACCGGCUUUUUCUCUUCUAUUCCCGCCUUUUUCAACUCACCAUCAAAGCUUCAAAAAAGAAAGCAAAAAAAGUGUUUUAACUGGGUCUCAAUGUGGGAUAUGUUCCAGACAAUCUCAUCAUUACUGUUUCAACCCAAAUUCCACCAUUUUUCUAUAAAAUUAUCACUCAAAUUCAUUAAAUUCUAAUCCAAAUCCUUCUAACAAACAAACAAACACCUGUAAUUCGGUUCCGGUGUGAUUUUCGAUCAUUCGAUACGGCUUUCCGAUCAAUAACAUGGCGAAUUCGCCUCACUCGUCUUACAAUAUACCGUUAGAUUUCCGCGCACCACCGCCUUCUCCGGUAGCAUCUGGCCGUAGAUCUUCGGUAGCGAACGACGAAAUCCUCACGGAGUUUCUCCACCGAUCACUCCGUGUGCCGGAUCUGGUGUUGCCAAAUCGCGUAUUUCCUCGACAAAAUUCGAAGAUCCAGAACCUUCCGAAGCUCGAUUUUGAAAAGCUAAACCCUAACCCUAACCCUAACCACGCGAUCAAUUUUGAAGUAAUUGAUGUCAUCGCGCAAACCGGUUGUUUUGAGCUUGUUAAUCAUGGAAUUUCCGGUGAGCUUUUGGCGUCGGUUGUGAAAUCCGGUGGCGGAGUGUUUGAAUUGUCACCGGAGAAGAAGAAGGUUGUUUCUAGAUCCAACGAGAGAUCGUAUGGUUUCGUUGAGUUUCAUGGAGAUGAGAAGGAAUCGAGCGAAGAGUUUGUUUGGUGUAGAGACGAUUCGUUGCGAUCGGAGAUGGAGGAGAUCUGGCCGAAUCAGUAUUCGAAUUUCAGUGAAAUAAUGGAAACCUUGAUGUGUGAGAUCGAAAACAUAUCCGAAAUUCUACUCAAAUGGUUCAUGAAUGGUUCUACGUCGAAACGGAGAUUUGAUGAAGAUGGAACUAGAGAAAGAGAGAAUGGUGGAUCCGUGUGUUACAUCUACAAACAUUGUCCGGAUGGAGGUAUCGUACCGGAUGAUGAUAAGUGUAUGGAUUCAUUGCGAUACGAUGUGAUUCGGAUGCUGAUACGAGGGUCUGAACACCCUCACACACUUUGUUUUCAUGUGUGUGAUGGAUCUUCAGAGUUUCAUGUUUACUCUAAGAAAGGUUGGGUUUCGUUUUCGCCCGAUAACGAUGCGUUGAUCAUCACCAUUGGUGAUCAGUUGCAGACAUGGAGUGAAGGAAAGUACAAGCAUGUUAUAGGGAGACCAAUCUUCAAAGGGAAACAAGAGGAUUGUGUAUCAUUGGCUUUUCUAUAUAACCCCCCUCCACCCACACCCACAUCCAAAGGCCAAAAGGACAAAACCAUCUCAUUAGGCCAUCAAAUCUUGUUGGUUUUGAUUUUAGUCUUUCUUUACAACCUUUACUCUUAUAUUUUUACUUAGACCAACAUUUUUGUUCAUUCGUUUUACUUAACCUUAUGAUUUGAGGGUGAGCGUUUUGCUUGAUCAUGACCAGGGUUGUGUGUUUUCUCAUUAUGAAUAAACAUUUGUGAUUUUGAUCUGGUCA